AUGGUCAAACAUCAUCUUAUGAUCGGCACCUGGACGCCGCCAGGUGUAAUAAUCACCGUCGCAUUCGACGAUGAAACAUUGAAGCUGGAGCUGGUGAAGAAGACGGUAAUUCCUGAAGAUGAGCCCAUCAGUUGGAUGGCUUUUGACCACCAAAGGAAGAACAUCUAUGGCGCAUCCAUGAAGAAAUGGAGUUCGCAUGAGGUCAAGAGCCCGAGCGAGAUUGUACACACUGGAAGCUUUUCCAUAGGCGGGCACCCCAAAGCCAACGACGCCGACACGAAGACACGCGCCAUAUUCCUCCUUCCCAGCAAGAAACCUCCGUACAACGUGUACUGCAAUCCUUUCUACGACUAUGCUGGUUACGGGAAUGUCUUCUCGGUCAACUCCUCUGGCCAUAUCAAGGAGAACAUCCAAAACUUCGAAUACUGCGAAAAGACGGCAAUCCACGGUAUGGUCUUUGACCCCUCCGAGUCCUAUCUCUACAGCGCAGAUAUGUGGGCAAACCGAGUAUGGUGUCACAAGAAGACUGAUGAGGAAGGCAAGCUGGAAACAGUAGGCUUCACUGAAGCGCCUGCUCCAAAGGACCAUCCGAGAUGGGUAGAGAUGCACCCUUCCGGCAACUACCUGUAUGCUCUGAUGGAGGGGGGCAAUCGCUUGUGCGAAUACGUCAUCGAUCCGCAGACAAAGUUGCCAAUCUACACCCACAAGACGUACCCAUUGAUACCACCUGGAAUCCCCAAUGCGACCACCAUGUACCGAUCCGACGUUUGUUUCCUGACCAAGUCCUCGCAAUACCUGUUCGCGACGUCGAGAUCCAACUCGUUCGACCUCACCGGAUAUAUUGCUGCUUUCAAGAUUGCGCCAUCCGGUGCAAUUGAGCGACAAAUCUGCCUCAAUCCUACACCAACUUCCGGUGGGCACUCAAACGCUGUGUCACCCUGUCCUUGGUCGGACGAGUGGCUUGCGCUUACCGAUGAUGAGAAGGGUGGGGUUGAGAUAUACAGGUGGCACGAUGAGUUUCUUGCGAGAGUCGCGAGAUUAGAGAUUGGUGAAAAGGGGUUUGGAAUGAAUGCCAUAUGGUACGAUUAG